GAUUGGUGAGGACGUGGCAUAUGGAUAGUGACGCGGCAUAAUAGAUGAAAAAUAUUUUUGAAACUAUAGUGGGAGGCAAUCUACAUUGUAGCUCAGUCCGACUUUCAACUCCUCAGCCAGACUGACCGUGAUUCCUUCAACUGGUCCACGCGGCACCUCCGCGACCGUCGGAAAGAGUUUCUUGAGUCUCGCCACCUCGCCCUCUGAGGCUCUGAGAUGUGGUGGGAAAUCCAUGUAUGCUGCUUCGGAGCGUCCUUUGCCAUGGAUGCCCAAGAAGAACUCCCCUCUUUCGACCUUGGGAGUCGCGGGCUAGGGACCGCCUCCGCCUGAGCCAUCGGAGCCUUCAGCUUCUCCGCCCCCUCGUACGCCAUCAGCUAUACCCACCACCCGUUCGAGAGAAUGUCUCACCGGAUGCACGACAAUUGAUGCAAGCGCGCUACGCCUGAUACCUUCUCUAGGAAUUAUCCUCGAAGGAUCGAAACAAUCUCCUGCUGUUUUCCCAUAUUGUAAAAAUAUCAAAACUGUACCAAACUAAACAGUUAAACGUUUUAAACGGUCGUACUCGCACCUUCUCCAUCUCCCCUCGACGAAAUUUACCAUCACAAGGAGACAAAGGCAAUUACUUCUCUGCUAUUCACCAGCCUAUAUAUUUCUCUCGUCUAUCCCACCAUCCAGAUGGAAUUAAUCCCACAAUAAGUAAAAUCUCACCUCCCUUCCCACUAGGCCAGAUUAAAACCAUACCACACAGCUCCAGAUUAGUCUCCAGUCUCCUUUCCCCUUUCUCCAUUCCAAAUUCAAAGUCCACCAAAAACGAUGAGUGCCAACCACCAUCACCUCAGAGCUAACUCCUUACUCCCCGCUCUGCUAUUCUUUCUAUUGUUCAUGGGUUGUUCAACCACCGCCUCUCCUCCUUCCCUCUCCACAAGCUUCCCCUUCCCCCCACCACCCGCCGCCCCUCAGAACACGACCCUCGAGUACAUGGACCCCACUCUCCCCCCUCUCAUCCCCACCGUGAACCCCAAGUGCUCCACUGUCGUCCUCCGGGAAGACUUCGCCGAUACCCUCGGCUUCCCACCGGCCUCCGUUGACUACGCCCCACCCGCCGACUGCCCCGCCCCAUGGUCUCGUGUCAUCCUGGAGCUCUCUGCCACUGCCUCCGACGUCCAGAUGGACCGCAUCGCCGCCAUCUGGGUCGAUGGCGCCGAGAUCCUCCGCACCAGCACCCCCCUCCCCAUGGCCCCAGGUGUCUUCUGGCACGUCCGCAAGGAUGUCACCCGCUACACCGCCGUCCUCCGCUCCGCCACCACCUUCUCCAUGAUGCUCGAGAACUCCAACGCCACCCUCCCUGGCGUCUACUCCGUCAACGUCUCCCUCCACUUCUACCGCGGCGCAUUAUCCGAUGACGCCGGCCGAAGCCCGAGCUUAAAACUACCAACAAAUGCGCACGCGAACGGACAGUUAGGGAGUGGGCGGCUCUCAGCUCACCCAACCAUCAAAGGUUUAUACAGAGAGCCGGCGGAUUUAAUCAUUCCUAUCUCCAAUGAGCUCGGGGACUGCGGUCCCGGUUCCUGGUUCAAGAUCCGCAAUGAGUCUGACGUGCAAUUGACCACUGUCCUAAUCCCCAACAACACCUACCGUGCAGUGCUCGAGAUCUACGUCUCCCACCACGGGGACGACGAGUACUGGUACGCCAACCCGCUCCGCACGAACGGUCCUCGCGGCGGCCUCACGUCGCCAUCGAGCAAGGCGAACGGCGGGUUCCGCCAGGUGGUUGUCACAAUCGACAAGCGCUUCGCUGGCGCGGUCGUUCCCUUCCCCGUCAUAUACCCCGGCUCGAUCAAUCCCUUCUUCUGGGCGCCGGUCGCCGCCCUCGGCGCCUACGACCACCCUUCCUACGACCUUGACCUCACGCCAUUUGUGGGGAAAUUGCUCGACGGACCCGAGCACCAUUUCGGGCUGACCGUCAGAGACAGCCAGCCGUACUGGCUCGUGUCAGCCAACCUCCACCUAUGGCUCGAUGCAUGGUCGGACGGCGUCGAGGGAGCAUUGGUCCGGUACAAGGUCCCGCCACUGAAGCUAAGCCGGCAGGCCGCCUGGAGAGACCUAGACGGCAAGUCCUCGAUCGACGGGCAGGUGAUCAUCCGGUUCUCCGGCUGGGUGAGCUCAUCAAAAGGGAACAUUACCACGAGCGUAAAGCAACGGCUAAAGUUCAAGAGCCGGGUGGAAGUUCAUCGUCAGGGAUCUAUAAAGCAAGCAUCAAUGGAGGUAAAGUCAAGAACGAACGUAAGGACGGAGAAGAACCACAAGGUGAUCGGAAGAGUGCAAGUGGAGACCGAGGCACCGCUGAUGAUGGAGACGAUGAGUUCGAACGGCGGCGGGGGGUCCGUGUUCGAGAAGACGAAGAUGUACCAUAAGUUACAGGAGACAACGAGCGUGGCGGUGGGGAAGGAGGUGGCUUACAGCACGAUGACGGACCGGCAGGACUCGGAGGGCUCGGCGCUGAUGGAGGACCGGGUGGCCAAGUGGGGGAGCGGAGAUACCGAGUCAACUUACAAGUAUAGGGACGAUAAGGCUUGUCAUCUCCGAACGGUGAUCAUGGUGGGCGGGACGGUUCGAGAUGACGCGGAGACGGCUUCAUGUGUGUCGGUUUUGGACUCGUAGCCGAACCAGCUUGCGAACCACAAAUGGUUGGGUUCCUGAGGUUUGGGUUGGAUCGGUUUCUCGGCCCUCCGCAGCUGAAGUCCCUCGGCUGGUGUUGUAUUGGGUCCAUGUUUGCUUGUGAUCCGGUCCGUGUACCAUAUUGUGGGAUUUUAUCCUCUGUUUUAGCUAAUCAGGUUAAAUAACAU